AUGCAGAUUUUCGUAAAGACACUGACGGGCAAGACUAUCACAUUAGAAGUUGAGCCUUCUGACACUAUUGAAAACGUGAAGGCGAAAAUCCAGGACAAGGAAGGCAUUCCCCCAGACCAGCAGAGACUUAUCUUUGCCGGCAAGCAGCUGGAGGAUGGACGCACUCUGUCAGACUAUAACAUUCAGAAAGAAUCCACCUUGCACUUGGUGCUCCGUCUCAGAGGUGGUAUGCAGAUUUUUGUGAAGACACUGACUGGCAAGACUAUCACAUUAGAAGUGGAAGCUUCUGACACCAUUGAAAACGUGAAGGCGAAGAUCCAGGACAAGGAAGGCAUUCCUCCAGACCAGCAGAGACUUAUUUUUGCUGGCAAGCAGCUAGAGGAUGGACGCACUCUGUCAGACUAUAACAUUCAGAAAGAGUCCACCUUGCACUUGGUGCUCCGUCUCAGAGGUGGUAUGCAGAUUUUCGUAAAGACACUGACGGGCAAGACUAUCACAUUAGAAGUUGAAGCUUCUGACACCAUUGAAAAUGUGAAGGCAAAAAUCCAGGACAAAGAAGGCAUUCCCCCAGACCAGCAGAGGCUUAUCUUUGCUGGCAAGCAGCUGGAGGAUGGACGCACUCUGUCAGACUAUAACAUUCAGAAAGAAUCCACCUUGCACUUGGUGCUCCGUCUCAGAGGUGGUAUGCAGAUUUUUGUGAAGACGCUGACUGGCAAGACUAUCACAUUAGAAGUUGAGCCUUCUGAUACUAUUGAAAACGUGAAGGCGAAGAUCCAGGACAAGGAAGGCAUUCCCCCAGACCAGCAGAGACUUAUUUUUGCCGGCAAGCAGCUGGAGGAUGGACGCACUCUGUCAGACUAUAACAUUCAGAAAGAGUCCACCUUGCACUUGGUGCUCCGUCUCAGAGGUGGUAUGCAGAUUUUCGUAAAGACACUGACGGGCAAGACUAUCACAUUAGAAGUUGAAGCUUCUGACACCAUUGAAAACGUGAAGGCGAAGAUCCAGGAUAAGGAAGGCAUUCCCCCAGAUCAGCAGAGACUUAUCUUUGCUGGCAAGCAGCUGGAGGAUGGACGCACUCUGUCAGACUACAACAUUCAGAAAGAAUCCACUUUGCACUUGGUGCUCACCGUCUCAGAGGUGGUAUGCAGAUUUUUACCAGCAGAGACUAUUUUUGCAGGCAAGCAGCUGGAGGAUGGACGCACUCUGUCAGACUAUAAUCAUUUCAGAAAGAGUCCACCUUGCACUUGGGCUCCGUCUCAGGGUGGUAUGCAGAUUUUCGUUAAGACACUGAGAGGCAAGACUAUCACAUUAGAAGUUGAAGCUUCUGACACCAUUGAAAAUGUGAAGGCAAAAAUCCAGGACAAAGAAGGCAUUCCCCCAGACCAGCAGAGGCUUAUCUUUGCUGGCAAGCAGCUGGAGGAUGGACGCACUCUGUCAGAUUAUAAUAUUCAGAAAGAAUCUACUUUGCAUCUUGUACUAAGACUGAGAGGCGGCUCA